AUCGCGCAUGUGCGUCGAUCCUCUACGAUUCUCUUAUCCUCGUUACAACGUAUACUCCCUGUAUCAUCUGAUUAGAUAAAGAGGGCUUGGUUCUCCGCUUCGGGAAGCCCGAAAGCACGACGCGGAUAUCAUUUUAAUUCGUUUUCACGGUGAGAGGUGUUGAGGAGCCCGUAAACAUGGUCUCCCUACAGACUAUCGCGAGUAUAGUGAUCAAAGUGCUAAAGUUGGUUCUCAACCUCAUUAUUCUGAUCCUGUAUCGCACAGGAUAUGGCGGCGAAUUUUUAGGUGUAGGUGGAACUUGGAACUUGAACGAGGACAAGAACCCCGAUGCCGAGAUCGUCGCUUCCGGCGUCUUCGUCGGCUUCUUUGUUUAUACGAGUGUCGUGCUCAUCAGCUACUGUUUCGGAAAUACCGAUCACAAGAAGACUCUUGUCGAAAUCAUCAUGAAUUUCGUCGGAACCUUCAUGUUUAUAGCUGUAGGUGGAACAGCUCUGCAUUAUUGGCAUGGUUAUCAGUCUGAACAAAAAUUCAUAUAUGAUGCGCCAGAGAGGCAGAUCGGCCUGGCCGUGGGCUCGUUAUGCGUUUUAGAAGGUGCGGCGUAUCUAAUGGAUCUUAUAUUGAGCUUUCUCCAUUACGCUAAAGAUGAAUUCAAUUAGCGUAAGAAAAGAAGUAUUACAAGACAACGUCGUCGACACAUCGACGAUAUUUAAUAUCAUUUCUUUCCGUUUCAUUUCAUCAAAACCAACUCACGUUAAAAUUAAAAAUAUACUAACGAGUAUCGCAGAAACUUACAGUAAAUUAUCGCCAUUAAUUAUUUGUAUAUUUCCGAGUACAUCUUUUUUGUUAUACAUAUUUCAAUAUGGGAAGUUUCUCUUUGUGAGAAAUACAAAUAAUUUUAUCUUUCUUUGAAAAUUGAGAAAAAGGGAGUCUCUCCUCAUUACAUAUUUUUAUACAUAUUUUUGUUUGUAUCAAUAAUCUCUCCGUUAAAAAACAUGUAAUGCGUCGUAAUUUUAUACGCAAAGAAUUUAUAUAUAUAUAACAAACUGAUUUAUAAAAUAUAUUUCUUAUAAGAGAA